CCCGUCUGGAAUUGUCAAUCUCAGCUCCUCAGUCCAACGUGGCAACGGCAGCAACAUCGAGCAAACUCGGCGGUGCCCAUCCUCCACCGGCGUCUCGUCAAAAGGCAGGGACCGAGGGAGGCUAGUAGAGCGAUUGCGCUGCGCCUCUGGCCUCUUCGCGCAGAGCCGCACACCGACCCACGCCGGCCGCGCCCACCAGGCAGCCAGGCACCACGACGCGGCAGCCCCCGGCCUCGGAAGCCAAGAGCCAUACCGCCUCUUUUUCCUCCAAAAGCCAAACCACCACACCCCCUAAUCUCUCGCUCUCUUCCUUUCUCACCCCCGUGACCCUGUCUCGCCCCUUCUCGCCUCGCCGCCGCAGCCGAUGGGCUCCGGGGAGGAGCCGUCGCAGAUGCGGAGGGCGCUGGUGGACUCGCUCGCGGGUGCCAUCUCCGGCGGCAUCUCCCGCACCGUCACCUCCCCCCUCGACGUCAUCAAAAUCCGCUUCCAGGUUCAGUUAGAACCCACAACCUCGUGGGGUAUUCUUCGAAGGGAUAUAUAUGGACCUUCCAAAUACACUGGGCUUCUGCAAGCAACCAAAGAUAUUCUCAGAGAGGAAGGUUUACCGGGAUUCUGGAGAGGAAAUGUACCGGCUUUGUUGAUGUAUAUGCCAUAUACAGCUAUACAAUUCACUGUCCUACACAAACUAAAAACAUUUGCUUCUGGUUCAUCUAAAACAGAGGAUCAUUUGCAUUUGAGCCCUUACUUAUCCUAUGUAAGUGGAGCUCUAGCAGGAUGUGCAGCAACUAUAGGGUCAUAUCCAUUUGACCUUCUGAGGACUAUUCUUGCAUCACAGGGUGAACCAAAAAUUUACCCCAACAUGAGGUCUGCAUUUGUUGAUAUAAUUAAAACCCGUGGUGUUCAAGGGCUUUAUUCUGGUCUAUCUCCAACUCUUGUUGAAAUCAUACCAUAUGCUGGUUUGCAGUUUGGUUCAUAUGACACUUUCAAACGUUCUAUGAUGACAUGGAACAGAUAUAAAUAUUCGCAUCUUAACUUUGGAAGCGAGGAUGAUUCUGUAUCAAGUUUCCAGCUAUUUCUUUGUGGGUUUGCUGCUGGGACAUUUUCAAAGGCUGCAUGCCACCCACUUGAUGUUGUAAAGAAAAGGUUCCAGAUUGAAGGGCUAAAACGCCAUCCAAGGUAUGGAGCUCGAAUUGAGAGCAGCACAUACAAGGGCAUGUACCAUGCCCUAAAGGAGAUUGUCGCAAAGGAGGGAUUUGGAGGCCUUUAUAAGGGCCUUUUCCCCUCUUUGGUGAAAUCGGCCCCUGCUGGUGCUGUGACAUUUGUGGCAUAUGAAUACAUCUCAGACUGGUUAGAGUCGAUACUGAUGUGAAAAUCUUCAAUGCAGAUAGGGAGCAAGGCUGGAGUUGAGUGAGGUCUUGAUGGAUCAUGGAGCUAUCAAGAUACCAUGACGAGAACUUUUUGCACACCGUGGACAUGGAGGAUGGAGACCGGAAGGUCAAUCGUCAAGUGCAUACAAUUCCUAGAGAUCCGAUACAUGUAAAGCCUUACAUAGAAAAGAGCUGUUUUGUCGUUUCUUAUUCUUUCCCCAAUUGCCUAAUGUGGUGGUAGGGCAUUCGUUGGCUUGUAAAACAAGGCUGACUACAACUAACUUAGUGAUCGCGACGCGUCAUACAUGACUAAGUCAAAAGCAGCCGGCAGUUUUGCUGGGAUCGUGUUACGAAUCUUUUCUCGGCUGCAGUCAUGUUUUCCUUGCGGCUUGUUGGGGCUGCGUCUUCUACAGUCUUUUUUAUUUAUAUGGAUUGCACCUGCAACAGACUGCAGCAGCUACGGUUGUAGGGCAGCCGAACAAAUUUCAUGGUUGAUGGCAGUCGUAAUUUAUUCAACCAUUUUGUUGAGCACCA